AAUAAGUUUAUCAAUUAAUUGCUGAUCCUAGGAGUGUCAGCUUGCCUUAAAAAAGCCACAAACUGAAAAUAAUUGAGAUAUCUAUCCAAAGUGGGUUUACAAAUCGAAUUCGGAUUUGCGCAAGCGAAAAACAGCUGCCGCAAAGAUCAAGAAAUGGGAACUAUUGAGAAACGCUCCUUCUCCUUCCGGCUGCGCCGUUCGUUCGGCGAUGGCGGCAGCACCAACAGCCGCAACAGCAACAACAACAGCAGCACCUGCACCAAUCACAACAACCAGAAGCGAUGCAGCACCCCCUUGACGCCGACCAGCACCAGCACCGGCCGGCUGGAGGUGCCUGGGGCAUCGGUGAGUCGACGCAGCAGCAUUUACAAGAAGCCGGACAAGAAUGAUGGGGGGCAAAUUCAUAUGAUACCCGAUGUGGAGCUGCCGCUGAUGACAUUCGCCGAUCAGUACAAUAUCGAGAAGACGCUGGCCGAGGGCUGCUUCGCCAAGAUAUUGCUCUGCCGGCACCGGCCGACCAACACCACGGUGGUGCUGAAGGCGGUGCAUGCCGAGCUGACCACGAUCAAGGAGUUCCAGAAGGAGUUCCACUACAACUACGAGCUAUCGCAUCACCAUCACAUACUCAGCGCCUAUGCGGUGGCCUUUCAGACCAUGGACUACUACGUGUUUGCCAUGGAGCAUGCGCCAUACGGAGAUCUCGCUUCGAACAUCGGACCGAAUGGCUUGCAUGAGACGGCCUGUAAGCUGAUUGCCGAGCAAUUGAGCUCGGCGUUGGGUUUCAUGCACUCCAAGAAUCUGGUGCAUCGGGAUCUCAAGAUUGAGAACGUGCUGGUCUUUACGCCGGACUUUACUCGCGUCAAGCUAUGCGAUUUUGGGGCAACAACCAAGAAGGGGCUGCUCGUGCACAAGGUGAAGCAUACGUGGACCAGCUGUGUACCGCCCGAGCAACUGGAGCUGAUCAAGAAUGAGCGCUUCCAGUGCUUGCCCAUCAGCGAUUCCUGGCAAUUUGGCAUCUUGCUGUACAACAUUCUGACGGGUAAUCCGCCUUGGCUGUCCGCCGAUUGGGUCAAGGAUCAGGCGUAUGCUAACUUCAUGAAGUACGAGCAGCGCAAGACGACCAAGGUACCAGAGAACUUUCGACGUUUCUCGCCGCGUUUGAUGCGCUGCUUCCGCAAGUACUUGACGCACGAUACAGAGGAACGGUGCAAGAUCACCGAGGUGAACAAAUACAUGAAGGAUCGCUGGGUCGAGUGUCGCAUCUCGGCCUCGAAAUCGGCCACUCUGAUCUCGCCCACGCCACAGGAUCAGGACUCGUGCAUCUAUCUGAAUCAGCGGGAGGGACGCUUGUCUGGGGAUGAGAACAAAUUGCGCUUUAAGCGCAUGAUGUCCAGCUAUGGCCUGGACGUACCCAUUGAUCAGGGCAUGGUGCGAAAGCGCGUCUGGGAUUGGCUAUCCACAUGCGAUGCUAGCUUCGAUCCAGAAGUGGAAAGCUUGCAUGCAUUGGAAAUGUAGAGAGCUGCGAUAUGUCUAAGAGAAUUUUGUUAGAUCUAUGAGAUCUAGGAGAUUUAUUAGAUCUCUGACCUAUGCGAUCUCUGAUUUAUGAGAUCUAUGAGAUCUAUGGUUUAUAUUGAGAACUCUCUCUUCGCAAGCCAAACAAAAAUUUGUUAUUUGGUUCAAUUGGACCAAAAUUGAAUAUAUAUAAAUCAUAUAUAUAUAAAUAUUGUAAUACUUAUAGACGAAUUUUGCUAUGCAUAUGAAGAAACUACAUAAUUAUUAGAAAUUUAUACCAAAUAAACCCCAUGGGGUAUUAAAUAUAUAAAAAUGUACUUAGUAGAUAUUUUGUAUAUCCAGUAAAAGCAAAACACGUCAACGGAUAAUCUUUCCACUAGUGUUACCUUUCUAGUCUUCCGCUACGAUGGUUUAUAUUUAAAUAUGUAUAAAUAUAUAUAUCUAUGUAGUUUUAUAUAUGUGUGAUGUACGCGUUAUUUACUUUAUACGUCAUAUACGAUACCAACUAAUGCAAUUAUCUAGAAUUUAAUAUGUACUUAAGAGCAAGAUAAACGAUAUAUAUCUAUAAUCUAUAUACUAUAUAUGACCAAUUAUUAGCUAAGUGUUGUCUUAUCUAUGUGUAAUUCGAUUAUAUCUAAACCCUAUACGAUUAUAUAUUAUGUUUAUACUAGACUUUAUCUUGUACCUCUAUCUAUAUAUGUAC